GUCAUCUAUCAGCAACCUUCACCUCGGUGUUUCCAGAGACCUGGCCUGCUGCGUGUACAAUCACAUCAACCAAAAAUGCAGCCCCCUCGGUCUUUCCUGUCAAGUUUGCUCUUCCAGGUUCCCAGCAUAGCGAGAGGGACCCUGGCCGCGCCCAAGCCCUUGACCACUCGGACUUCUAUUUCCCUCAAUCGCGCCUUUGGAUCCUCGGCGCCGCGCAUGCCCUAUCUGCAGCGCCGGUUGAUAUUCCCUCGAUGGAAGAAAUUCCAGUGUGGGCGCACCACCAUCUCCAUCAUCCCCCACCCUCAACAACCGGCUACGUUCCGACGGCUCUUCCAGUCGUCCCGCGCAAGACACGCGUCACAGGCUCAACGGCCUGGGACUUCGCUGUCGCAACGGUUGCGCAACCUCUCGAAGGAGUAUGGCUGGUCCGCCUUGUGGGUGUAUUUGCUCUUGUCGGCCAUGGAUUUCCCUAUCUGUUUCGCUGCUGUUCGCCUUCUGGGUGUAGAGCGAAUUGGCCACUAUGAGCACGUUAUUGUCGAGUAUGUCAAGGAAGCAGUAGAUGCUGUUUGGCCACGCAAGCAGGGUGCCAAUGCAGAUUCGGAGCUGAAUAAGAGCGUAACCACCCAGAAGGAAACCGAGGAACCUGCGGCAGAGGCACAAGGCAGUGGCGAAAACGCCAGUCUAUGGACCCAACUUGCACUUGCCUACGCGAUUCACAAAAGUCUCAUCUUCAUUCGGGUUCCCUUGACAGCAGCAAUCACCCCUAAAGUCGUCAAGGCUUUGCGACAGUGGGGUUAUGAUAUUGUGAAAGGCAGGCCCAAAGGUAUGUAAGACUUCGGGACUCCUUGUGCAUGUCAGUCGGGCCGGCAAAUACUCGAGACCACAUCGUUUUUGUUUGCUGCAUAGCGUUCGGUCAUGCUAGAUUUAUAUGAUAGAUAACUGUAUACUAUCUGGUAUAUCUAAUCACCUGGGGCAGUGUAUCGCCUACUCAACAGAUUGAGCUAUUAGACUCCACAGCUGAAACUGAUCGCCUACAAAGAUUGAACCAUAGAUGCGUUUGGCAAGCCACUAUACGAACUAAGUACAAUACAUGCAAAUCACGACAAAUGAUACAUGAUAAGGGCGAUGAAGUGUACAUGAUCAUAAGAGGUCUUGUCUGGCAAGAGGUAUAGAAA